AUGGCCCCGACGAAUUUGUCGCAUCGACGAACUCAUAAUCUCCUUCUGAUCUCGAAGCUUCUCAGCCUGCGAGAUACAGUGUCGCCGUUGACGCUUUUGCUGGACUCAUUGGAACAACCGGCAAGGCCUCUGAUUCAGGAAUAUAUACGGAGAGCGAAGCUAUCCAAGGUACACGUCACUCUGGUAGCUUUCGAGACCCUGCAACGGCCGGAAGGCGUCGAUGCAUUCAUAUCUUGUCGACGGAAGAGAGCAGCAGAUAUCGCAAAAGAAGUUGUUAACGCAUAUCCCACUCCAGCACCUGGAACUACACCGCGCCGCAGGCUUAUCCUAAUCGACUCUAUCCACCCGCUUCUCAGUGCGCGUGGCAAUGAACAUCCCGUGCAUUUGCCCAGCUAUUUGGGUUCCUUUGUCGCGCCCACAACUCCCACAGCAAACCCGGUCCACGCAUCGCUCGUUGUGACUUACCAUCAGGACAUUCCCUUGCCGCCAAACCCGCAGCCAUAUUCCCCUUCUGCACUUUCGUUAUUAACGUACCUCGCAACGAGUAUUAUUACACUCCAUUCGCUCUCGCAUAUCCUAGCACAAAAGGCUGCCCGUGAUCGCAGCCUUGCCGCACCGGUAUUCGGGCUGGAAGAGGAACAGGAUGGUGUGAUCCUUGGUCGGCUGGACCACGUGAAGGGAGUGGACAAGAGCGCGGAGGGCGUUGUGCUGGAAAUGGAACACAGGCGAAAGAGUGGUCGAGGCGUCGUGGAGUGGUAUGUUCUACCACCUGCGUCGCAAUACCAUCCUCAGCAGGCGAAAGAAAUUGUCACGUUAUUAGACGAUCAUCCGUUGUACCGGCGGCCGGAGGAACUGGAGGAGAAUGCGGCAGAAGAGGAACCAGGCUCGACGUUCGAGUUGCGUCUUACGGAAAGGCAGCGGCGGGAAAGAGAAGGAGUGGUGCUGCCAUAUUUCGACGCACAACACGGCGAUGGUCCCGGAGAAGGGGGACGGAUUCUCUACGACAUGGGCGAAGAAGAUGAUUUCGAUGAAGAGGAGGAUGAAAUUUGA